UACCUUGGCAUCAGCGGGUGACAUACACCAGAUGCCUCCACAGCCGUAGUCUCAGACACAGCCUCAUCCAUAGCUACAAUUCAGACCCAGGCACCACCCCAGGCACAGGCAUUGUCUAAUCCGCAGUCACAACCGACAUUGUCGACAACUGGAGCCUCAGGAGAGGGUGCCCCAUCUACAGAGCCUGUUAGACAAAGGCUAAUGUGGGAUGGGGGUGAUUGUUGGGACCUUCGAAAUUGGGAACAGAGAAGAUUACUUGGGUUUUCAAGAUCACGUUUGCCAUCUUUGGUGGCAAAUUUUUAAGGAUCACUUUGAGUUCAUCCACAAAGAGGAGCAGAAGAUGUACAAUGCUUGGCGGGUGAAAGCCACCAAUUGCCUCUGGGAGAUGCUAGAAGACAUCCACAACAAGGGUGCUCCUGCAGACUAAAUCCUGGACGAUAUUCUCGCCGAGCUAAAGGAGUAUUAGCACAUAAGGAAUUAUUGGGCGAUCCGGGCUAAUGCCCGAGCUAGUCAAGCAUCCAAGACCAGUGGAUCCAUGAACACCGAAAGGUCUACCACCUACAACGCAACAGGAAAGAAGAUGGAGAUCGAGCUGGGUUGCAAACCUCGUCAAAGUGAGGUCUUUCAAAGGAUGCACACGAGGAAGGAUGACCGUACCAAAUUGAGUUUAACUUUUGACUGGCCAAGGCCCAAGAAGAGAGUGCGACUCAGAUUGCACAAGGGCCCUGAGCCACCACCCAUAUAUAAGGAUGAGAUAUGGAUGCAGACAGUUGGCAGCCGCAAGCGAAACAGGGACUACGGCAUGGGAUAUCAAUCCAUCAUGACUUCUCUGCGAUUCUUUGAUGUUGAGUUCACUACCAGUGGAGGUGUAGAUAUCAGAGAGCUGGUUACACUGCUUAACAGAGAGUUGCAACAAGACAUGGAGUGAGAGUUUCAGCAAUAUUGGACAAGAUACACAGAGCUGGAGGCACACUACCAGAAAAAGCGGGACGAGUGGGGGCAUGCUCACCAGAGAUACGAAGGGGAUAUCAGAAGUCCCCAGGAGACCAUCGUCCACCAUCAGUUCGGUCUAGACCAGUGGAAGAAUACAGUCACAAAGAUAUACUCUUUCAUGCGGAAGAAGUUGGGGAGCAACUUGUCCAGCAGUGCAUCAGCCAUGUCGCCUCUUUUUCUACCUAGAUGUCCUCCAGUAACAUCAACAAGUCUUUGGCCGCUAAUUCUACCAUCAGCACCACCACCCUAGGACCUCAAGAUGGAGCUGACAACGAUGGUGACGGCUUCACCUCAUAUGAUUACAUGUAGUAUACUUGUAUUUUCAAUUUUGACGAUAUUUUUCUAUUUUUAUUUUUUUACUGUAUUUUAGUUUGAAAUAA